CGCCUCCAACCCCGGACAAAGGUGACCAGCCCCACACACACACACCCCGCCAUUGCAAACAACAACGGUCAUCCUCCGCUCGCCACGCUGCGCGCUGUGCUCAAUAAACCUGCUUCGCCGCAGCUGCAGACGCAACCCACCCAGCCUGAAAAAAAUCUCAAUCCUCGAGCUCCUUUGACUGACUGCAUCCCCCCCCAACCAGAUCCUACCCAUCCACACACACACCGCCGUCCAACAUAAUCCCAACAAUGGCCAAGACCGAGUCCAACUUCUCCUUCCUGCCCUUGGGCGCCAUCAUCCAGGAAUUUGCGGUGAACGGCCAGAACAUUGUGCAAGGCUUCAACACGGCCGAGCAGUACAAGCAGUACAACAAACCCUUCUUCGGCGAGACCAUCGGGCGCGUAGCGAACCGCAUCUCGGGCGCCAAGAUCAACAGCCUCAACGGCACCUCCUACAAGCUCGCCGCGAACAACGGACCGAACUCCUUACACGGAGGUGACGCAGGCUGGGGCAAGCGCGAGUUCCAAGGGCCUACUCCCCUGAACCGUAAUGGCAAAGAGGCUGUGUUGUUCAAGUACCUCAGCCCCGACGGCGAGGGAGGAUAUCCCGGCGCCGUCGAGCUGAGAAUCUGGUACACGGCCUACACUGAGAAGGUCGAGGGCGUCGAGCACACCGUGUUGGACAUGGAGUACGAGGCGGAGCUGGUGGGCGAUGACAACGUGCAGGAGACUAUAAUUGGCCUCACAAACCACAGUUACUUCAACUUGUCGGGUGCACCGACAAUUGCAGGCACAGAGGUGACUCUUUCCACAGACUAUCACCUGCCCGUCGACGACACGGCGAUCCCCACAGGCGCGAUCGAGCCCUACCCUGGCGUCACAGCCAAGCUGCCCUUUACGCUUGGCGAAAAGGAGCCUGCCAUCGACCACUGCUUCAUCAUGAACCCCGAGUUCCUGGACGUGCCAGUCGACACGCGUCCUCUGCCCAUGCAGAAGCUGGCGGCCUUUUACCAUCCAGACUCGAAGAUCCAUCUGGAGAUUCACAGCACGGAGCCCGCCUUUCAGUUCUACACGGGCAACUUCCUCGACGUGCCCGAGGUCGAUGGGAUCCCGGCGCGGGGUCGCCGCUCGGGCUUCUGCGUCGAGCCCAGCCGCUUUGUCAAUGCGGCCAACGUCGAGGAUUGGAGGGGCCAGGUGCUGCUAAAGCGCGGGCAAAAGUACGGGAGCCGCAUCAUCUAUCGUGGCUGGGCGGCCUAGGUCGAUCUAUUGUACUGCGUAGUCGAGUAGUUACCGGGGCCUUGGGUAGGCAACGAUUUGAAUGACAAUACCCCUGUUGGUACCUGAAUCACGGAGGCGGGAGUUACUUCUGGCGAUGGCGACCGUUUCACAGCACAGUCACAGACGGGCUGCCUGAAAUUGU